AUGUGCAUUUCGCUCUUUGUGUGCAGUACGAUCAGGACAAAGCGGGCUCGUCCCAAGAGCAGUGCCACUCUCAAGACUCCAGUGGCGGCUCCUCCUGGAGGAGAGGGUGGUCCGGAGGAUAGGGACCACAUGUACCGGGGUGUUCGGCAGCGCAGGUGGGGCAGGUGGGUCUCUGAAGUCCGUGAGCCCAACCGCGGCAAGCGACACUGGCUGGGCACCGUUGGCGCCACCCUCGCAUACGACAGGGCCGACGUGGCCAUCUUUGGCUCCGGCGCAAUCGUCAACUUCCCAUCUGCCUUCUUCAUCUCCACCGCCCAGCCAGUGCAAUGCCAUCCCGCGUCUUCUUCUCCUUAUGCCGCUGCUGCCUCUGUCUUUGUUGAGCAUAAACUGAGGCCGAUGCUCGCUGCUGCCUCUGUCCUUACUGAGCAUGGAGUGAAACCGAUGAUGGCUUCUGCCUCUAUCCUUGAUGAGCAUGAAGUAAAGCCGGUGAUCACCGCCUCUGUCUUUGGUGAGUGUGAAGUGGAGCCAAUGGUCACUGCUUCUGUCUUUGGUGAACACAAAGUGAAGCUAAUGGUCGCUACCUCUGUCUUCGAUGAGCGUGAAGUGAAGCCAAUGGUCGCUGCCUCUGUCUUCGGUGAUCGUGAAGUGAAGCUAAUGGUCGCUGCCUCUGUCUUCGGUGAGCGUGAAGUGAAGCCAAUGGUCGCUGCCUCUGUCUUCGGUGAGCUCAAGACGAUGCCGGUGCAUGGUGUUGGUGACGACGCGUGGAUCUCUCGGCAUGGGGAUGCUUCUUGGGCUGAGCGGGAGGAAGUUUAUGCUGACUACCUGAAGGACAUUGCCAUGUAUAUUGAUGUUGAUGCUAUCACUGAGAAACUGGUGUACCACCCCGACAUCUAUGGUAAAGAUUACCAGGUCGAUGGGUUCGAUGCUGAGUUCACCGUCUCACCAUUGUGGGAGCUGGGUGACUGA